UUAGCCACACACCAUCAGCCAAAUUCACGUGGUGGGAUGGUCGGACCCAGCCUCCAUCUUCUACUCACAACUGGCCCACACCCUCCAAUCACGUCACCAGUAUCCCACACUUGAUCAUAAUCUAACGGCUCCGCUCUCCUAAUGUAUGUCGGUGGGCGUCAGUUUUGGGCUUUGCCGCGUUACUGGAUAAUCAAACCACCUGGCUCGAGCCUGAUUUCUAUCAACUUCAAGGGGCAAUCAUCAUCAUAAAAUAAAACUCACCAUAAUCCCGUUAUUGUCCGUUUCUCUUUUUCCUUCAAAUUCACGGAUACGGCUAUAAAUUCCAAAACCUAAAACGCCCGCUGCGUCAAAAAGAUAAAAAUUGCAAUGCAUCAAAAUUCACGUUUCCUUAUCCUCUUGCUGUCCCUCCUUUUCCUUCCUAUCAUCUCCUCUGACGCCAGGAAGGACGCUCUCGUCGGAGGAUGGACACCCAUUAAGAACAUCAAGGAGCCGCACGUGACCGAGAUCGGGGAAUUCGCCGUAGCAGAGUAUAACAAGCAGUCAAAUACAAGUUUAGAAUUGCUGAAGGUGGUCAAAGGCGAGACGCAGGUGGUUGCGGGGACGAAUUAUCGGCUGGUUUUAAAUGCGACGGAUGGAGCCGCAACUAACGCAUACCAGGCUAUCGUGUGGGAGAAGGCGUGGCAGAAUUUCAAAAAUCUUACCUCCUUUAACCUUGUCAAUGGUUGAUUAUAAACUAGGAAAUUUAUGUUGAUGUCAUCAUGUCUUUUAAUGUUCGGUGUUAGACUGGUUUGAGAAUAAAGUAUGUGAGUUUGGGAUGUAAUGAGUUUCAGAGUUUGAGAUUGAGAAUUUGCUUUGUCUGUUCUUGUUUUU